CUGGGUGACUUUGACUAACUUGACUCAGCUGGUUUACUUCUGGCUUCGUGGCUCAUUGAAUUCACCAGCUAACCUUUAUUUGUAAACUACAGAAGGAUAAUAAUGUAUUUAUUAGCCACACUUGUGGCUGUAAUGCUGCUCAGCUCGGAGGUUUGGGGUAAAAAGGUAACAGGACUUUUUAAGAGUGAAGCAGCGAGACAGCAGAAUGGCCAGUUCAUCACUACAUUCAUGUACCAAGCAGGUGAAAAUGGUCUGUUGGUGUACCGGCUGGACAACUCUGCUCUGGCCACAGAGAAGGAGUCCAGGUUGCUGCUGUAUCAGGUCAUGAACUCAGACCUGGACAACCUCAGCUGCUCUGAGAGGCUCUCUAAAGCCUCAAUCACCAUUUCUCUCAGUGAUGAUGAACACAACCAGACGAUCCCACGCCAGUCCUCUCCGACAGCCUGGCGGGCCGUGUAUGUUGACAGAUACACAUGUCAGGAAAGUGCAGUGAUUCCUUCUCACCCUGAUGUCAGUUUUACCAUUUUGCUGUUCAACGCCGACUCGGCUGGAAAUCCUCUGGAGCACUUCAGUGCAGAGGAGGCAGGCCUCCAUAGUUUUUACUUCCUGCUGCUGCUGGCCUACUUCAUAGCCUGCUGUAUCUACGUCCAGCCUCUGUACCAGGCUCUGAGGAAAGGAGGUCCCAUGCACACUGUCCUCAAAGUGCUGACCACGGCGCUGGCGUUACAGGGCUGCUCCUCCCUCUGCAACUACAUCCACCUGGCCAGGUAUUCCAGAGAUGGUAUUGGUAUUCCUCUGAUGGGCAACCUGGCAGAGUUCUGGGAUAUGGUGUCCCAGGUGUCCAUGCUGUACAUGUUGCUGAGCCUGUGUGUGAGCUGGACUCUGAGCCGCGGCAGGAAGCCUCAGUCCAGACCUCUGCAGUGGGAACAGUCUCGGACGUCAACGGCCGUCGCUGUCGGUGGAGUCGUUGUGCAGGGAGCGUUGCUGCUGUGGGAGCAGUACUCUGAAUCAAAUAGACAACAUCACAACUACCACUCCCAGCUGAGUCUGGCAGGUCUCCUGCUCAUGGCUCUGAGGGUGAGCCUGGCCCUCCUGCUGGCCUCUGUCCUCUACCAGAUCACCUCCACCGAGAGGAGCACCCUGAAGAGAGACUUCUACCUCUGCUUCUCCAAGGGAUGCUUCCUGUGGUUCCUCUGUCAUCCCGUCCUCUACCUCGUGUCGGCUAUCUUCAACGUGCACCAGAGGGAGAAGGUGGUGACUAUCGGCGUGAUCCUCUGCCAGUCCAUCUCCAUGGUGAUCCUCUACCAGCUCUUCCUGUCUCGUUCUCUCUACUGGGAGGUCUCCUCCCUCUCCUCCGUGUCCCUGCCACUCACCAUGUCCAGGACAAACCAGAGGGGGCGCUACUGAGCACGGCCACUCUCACGCCGACGAGCGAGGGAGAACAUGCCACGACACCGCCCGGCUUCACCUCGGGAGAACUCCUGAGCAUGAAGACAGGAAGUGAUGAAACGCUGCGGGGACUGUUACUGUUUCCUGGGAGAAUAGUAACGGCCACUAGUAAGCAAGUUACCAGGGUACUAUAGCACGGGUCACAAAAUGACCAGAGGGAGACAUUUACAGCAACACCCUACCUCUAGGUACUGGAUCCAACAUCAACAUUACUGAGCAGGGGGGGAAGAUAUUUAACGCAACACCACCCAGAGAAGGGGCACCAGGCUUUCCAUGACAUGCUGGAGGUCAUAACUAACAGUCAAAGUACAAUUUCAAAACAGACCAAGCAUGAUGAAGGCGGAUCGCCAGCAUCACGAUUUGAUGACGAAAAGACUCGUGAUGGAACACAAAUGCAACCUUCGUGCUCUUGGCUUUGAUAAUCACUAUUACUAUAACGGAAAAUACAAAGCACAGUAGUGUUACACCACUGCUCAGCUGUGGUGUUAGAUUUAGGGAUGCAGGGAUGUAGUGGUACUUGGAACAAGUCACCAAAGAGAAAGCUUUUAAAAUAGGUGAGGUAAGGCUGGUGUUUUUCUUAUUGUCAACAAAUCCCACGAAAAGACAAAACCAACAAUCAAUCUGUCCGUAUUUACUGACUUUUCAGACCCGUCUGUGGCCAUUGGUCCCUCCUGAAGAUUAUCAAAACGUCUCUAAAAUAUAGAGUUUCAUUGUACUGUAGUUUUUAGCAAAUGUCACUCAAACAGGAGAAAACGGACCAUUUUUGGGGGGACUAUUUUCAGCUGCAGAUGAAUCCAUGCUCUAGUGAGCGUGUCCGGCAGCAGGCCCAUGUAUGGUGUGAUUAAGUCAAAUUAAACUACGGUGUGUGCGUUCAUGUCUCAACAUGUCACCUAUGCAGCGAUGUGGCUAAUUAAUGUGUUUUUAAUAGUUUUUGGACAAGCUCUAUGGUACAUUGUAGGUUUGGGUCUUUUCAUGGGAUUCAUUUGCAGUAAGAGAACCGAUAAAUACAUGUAGGUCAAUGGAUCAGUAUGUGGUAAGAUUGAUAUGUUACUCUGUGUAAACACAUGGAGGAUGAGAGACAACUGGUUGCAUUUAAAGUAUUGAAGAUUUGACUAGUGGAACGAUGGUUUAAAGAUUGGAGAGAUGGUCACAGUAUGUAGACAGGUAAAGAAAAUAGAUUUUCAGUCGCCUAAAUAAAAAGGAUUAGUUUACUUUUGUCUUUGCACAUCUAAAGAGAGCCAAAAGAUCAGUGUGUGUGCUCCCUGUACAUCACAGAUCAAGCUGUACUUUUAAGUUAUUUCUUCACUCUUGACAUGAAUUUCUGAGCUGACAGCAUGUGAACCUUUUAGAAAUGAUGAAAUAUGUAGCUGGAGACACACUGCAUGACUUAUCGGGGGUUUUUUUAUCUGUCGUUUUCCGUUUCCAUUCCAUGCACACUACCUGGCCAAAUGAUAUUGCCAUUCCACUUUCACUCUCAUCUUUUCAGAUUAUUCAGCUAGCCCGUUGUGACUUCAUAGGAGUGAGGCUCAUUCAAUAGUUUCAUUUAAAGACUUGGAAAACUGGAAAAUUACAUUCCACUUAAACUGACAGCUGCAGUGGAGCGUUGACAUAUUUAUUCAUUGUGUGCUUAUUUUGUGAAGUGAAUAUUUGGAAAGUGAAUGUCGGUGUGCACAAACGCAGCAGUAAGUGUGUUAUCUGGGCGGUGUGUACAUGGUAUGCUACUGUAUAUUUUGUUUCGUCCACUGACGACAAUCUUAUUCUAAUUAGAAAACAACAAAAUAUGAGGCCUCUGUUUGUAUUGUGUACUAAACAUUUACUCCUCAGAUUGUUAGAUAUUCAUUUAAAAACAGAGAGUCAUUCCCUUUUUUCAGUAUUCACGCUCCAGUUUCCAUAUAUUGCAUGUAUUUAUUUUCUAUACAAACCAACCUGUGGAAAUAUGAGAUCUGUGCUUAUUACAACUGUAAUAAAGUAAACUGUAAUAUAUGAAUAAAAUACAUUUUAAUGUAAGCUUCAA